AUUUGCUUGGCGCCGCGACCUCAUGUAAAGACACCUCCUGCGCGAGAGCCAGCCCGACGUUACCUCUGCAGAGGAAAACGCAGCGGAGGAGCACCCAAAAUGGUUUAUUUCCGUCACAUCUGAACCCGCAAGCACGUUUGUACCAAGGAAGACGCGCUCUCUCUGUUUUUAAAAAUCCGCCGUUUAUUCGAGGCCUAACAAGGGGGAGGGGGGCGCCGAGCAACGAUGUGGAUCCAGGUUCGCACGAUAGACGGGAAGGAGACGCGAACCGUUGAGGAUCUUUCCAGACUGACCAAAAUCGAGACCCUGCGGCUGAAAAUACAAGACAUCUUCAACGUGAGCCCCCAGCAGCAGCGCCUCUUCUACCGGGGGAAGCAGAUGGAAGAUGGCCUGACGCUUUUUGACUACAACGUGGGUCUCAAUGACAUCGUCCAGCUGCUGAUUCGGUCUCAGAGCGACCCCCCCGACAGCCCCGCCACCAAGGACUCCUCAGGCGUUGCCAGUAGCUCAGCUCCUCUGCCUGACUCCAAGUCCGACAACUUCCAAGCUCCGCUCUCCCCCGAAGACGUGGAAACCUUGUCCGACACGGACAUCAAGGACGAAAGUGACCGCGCCACUGUUACCGAAACAAAGCCAGACACCGUCGCCACUAGUACCAAAAAUGGGUUCAGGUCCUCCAGUCCAGCUCAGGACACUCAGCCGCCAACAUCCAGCAGGAGCACAUUAAUCAACCCAGGGAUAGGCUUGUAUAAGAUUAACGAGCUGGUGGACUGCAGGGAUGUAACCAUCGGCGCCUGGUUUGAGGCCUGCAUUGAAAAUGUGACACUUUCCCCCAAAGGACAGAUAGCACCCACCAAGGGAAAGGUGGGUCGCCCCCCAAAAAGGACUAACGGGAAGCUGGAGGCUGAGCAGCAACAGGCCCACGGACAGGGUCAACACACGGACAGUAACAGGAAUAACCCUGUGUUAAACUCUGAAAGUAACGGAGCCUCCACCUCUCAGAAGGACUCUACCACAGAAACCAGGGAGAAAGAAGAGGACAUAGCUUACCACAUUAAAUAUGAAGAUUAUCCAGAGAAUGGUGUGGUGGAGAUGCGAUCGGUAGACGUACGGCCCCGUGCCAGGACCCUGCUCCGGUGGGACCAGCUGCAGGUGGGCCUACAGGUGAUGGUCAACUACAACAUGGAGACCCCAGACGAGAGAGGCUUCUGGUACGACGCAGAGAUAGUGGCCAUAAAUCAAACCUCUCGCACCAAUAAGGAGCUCCGGGUUAAAAUUCUCCUGGGGGGCCCUGAAGAUGUCAUCGGAGAUUGUAAAGUUCAGUUUUUAGAUGAAAUCUACCAGGUGGAGAAACCAGGAGCUCGUCCGCUGUCAAGCGCAGACGGACAGUUUAAACGGAAGAGCGGACCGGAGUGCAAGCACUGCAAGGCCGACCCCGACUCGGAGUGCCGAUUCUGCUCCUGCUGCGUGUGCGGCGGCAAGCAGGACGCUCACAUGCAGCUGCUGUGUGACGAGUGCAACAUGGCGUUCCACAUCUAUUGUCUCAACCCGCCACUGGCCACCAUCCCAGACGACGAGGACUGGUACUGCCCGACCUGUAAAAAUGACACCAGCGAAGUUGUUAAGGCGGGCGAGAAGCUCAAAGCCAGCAAGAAGAAAGCCAAAAUGCCUUCUGCUACCACUGAGAGUCAAAGGGACUGGGGAAAGGGUAUGGCCUGCGUGGGGCGCACUAAAGAAUGCACAAUUGUUCCCUCAAACCACUACGGACCUAUCCCUGGCGUUCCUGUGGGAACCACCUGGAAAUUCAGAGUGCAGGUGAGCGAGGCGGGCGUCCACAGGCCGCACGUCGGCGGCAUCCACGGCCGCAGCAACGACGGCUCCUAUUCCCUGGUGCUCGCCGGGGGCUUUGAGGACGAAGUGGACCGGGGGGACGAAUUCACCUACACAGGCAGUGGGGGUCGCGACCUCUCGGGAAACAAACGGAUUGGAGAGCACUGUUUUGACCAAACGCUGACUCACAUGAACAGGGCAUUAGCCUUAAACUGUGACGCGCCCCUGAAUGACAAAGUUGGAGCCGAGUCCAGAAACUGGCGGGCGGGGAAACCGGUGAGGGUGGUACGCAGCUCCAAAGGUAGACGCAUCAGCAAAUACGCUCCAGAAGAAGGAAACCGCUACGACGGUAUUUACAAGGUGGUGAAGUACUGGCCAGAGAUCGGAAAGUGUGGUUAUUUGGUGUGGAGGUACCUGCUGAGACGAGACGAUCUGGAGCCAGCACCCUGGACCCCUGAAGGACUGGAGAGGAUAAAGAAACUAGGCCUUUCAGUUCAGUACCCACCAGGCUAUUUGGCAGCCAUGGCUAACAAAACAAGGAAGGAGGCCUGUGCUAGACCUGGUCGAGGCGGUCGCAGUAAGCACUAUCCUGGAAGGGGGAGGCCACGGAGGCGCAAGAUUAAAACGAAAGAGGAGGAGGAGGAGGAGGAGGAGGAGGGGGCGGAGGCAGAGGAGGGGGAGGAGGAUGAGGAGGGGGGUGAGCCUCCAGAAACCCAGAUGGAAGUGGAUGCACCACAAAGUAAUGGAGAGCAGAAGACUGCCGGAGAAACUGAAUUGUCACCAGAGACCGAGCCUCCGUCUAAACGUGUCAAGAUAGAGGAGACCUUCCAGCUGACCGAGCAGCAACAGCAGCUGAUCCAAGAUGACACAGCCAACAAGAAGCUCUGGGAUGAAGCCAUUGAGCACCUUAAAGAGGGACCGAAUUUCCUGCGCAAGCUGGAGCAGAUCUUCAUGUGCGUCUGCUGCCAGGAGCUGGCCUUCCAGCCUAUCACCACCAUCUGCUCACACAAUGUCUGCAAGACCUGUCUGCAGCGCUCGUUUCGGGCUGCGGUGUACACCUGCCCCGCCUGCCGCCACGACCUGGGCAAGGACUAUGUCAUGAACCAAAACAAGAAGCUCCAGAUUCUGCUCGACCAGUUCUUUCCCGGCUACAGCAAGGGCCGGUGAGGUCGAAAACCGACGCGAAUGGGGUGGAACACACGCGCAUAGGCGUCCGUCGUGCGCGCGCCCUCGUAUACUGUCAAUUACGUAGAGCUCGACUUUGAAAUGCGUUGCACUCACAUAAUGUACUUAACCACGGGCAAGUGUAUUUUGCAUUUACAGCCAUUUUUACGUAUACAAUCAUUUACACACGAACCACCUCAGUUAGAGACUGACCUCGUCUGCUUGAAACCUGGACCGUCUCCCUUUCACGUCACCAGCCUGGAAAUUCAAAACGAAGGGACACGUCUUCACCUCGCUACCCCGGCAACAAAGAAGUGGGCACAAAAACGAACGCACAAAACGGGCCUCCCUUACCCACAAUCCCACCCAUCAUCUCAAGCUCUCUCCUCUAUUGCAGUUUUUUUUAUUUCUUUUCUCCCCCUUCCUUCCACUGUGUUGCCCGCUGGCGCUGUUAAUCGACACGCAGUACAUUGUUUGGGUGCAAAUUCAUGCUCGAAAGCAACGUUUUAAACUCCUGCCAACCUGCUCGCAUUUUCACGUACCAUGGAUGCAGUUUUCCACAAACCCGCGGAGGUCAUUCAAGAGAUUCUCUCACUGGCCGUGUGGCGGUUUACGGUGCAAGUUUGAGGUGGAGAUUUUCAAAGGAAGGGGUUUUACACACUAUUUUAUAAAACUGAAGCACUAUAUUAGUGACUCGUGCUGUACGCUUGUUUCUAGGCUAGUCUGGUGCAUUUCCUGCAUCGUGUUCGGUGCUCGCGUCGCUCUGAAUCGCCUGACUUCUUUCUAUUGAGCUAACGGGAAUAAAUAAGGCUUCAUCAAGGUCAUGGGAGGAGGAGAAAAUUGAAAAUCAAGCGCUGGUUCAGGUAUUAUUAUUCCUUUUUUUUUUUUUUUUUUUUUUUUUUUUGAAUGAGAACUGACUUAAACUAAACUUAAAGGUAAAGGAGUGAAUUGUGAGGAAAGCGGUUUGAGCAAAGAUUUCACUGUAAGCGAAAAGGGCCGGGCAUUUCUGGGACAUCAGAAGAGGUCGCUUUGGUAUUUUCUCUUUACUUACCGCACAAAUGCUCUGAGCGUCGCUUGCUUUAACGUCUGAAAGGCACUGCCUGUGUUUGCCCUUGAUGUUACCAGGUAACCAGAUUCAAGCAAGACUUUUUUUUUUUUUCUUUCAUAGAUGUGUGGAUCAGAAUGUUCUCAGCAAACGUUCGUCAGCUAUUUUACUUGUUGCUGUAAAUGUUCAGCAGUGAGCUUCUGGCAUCUGAAAAGUAGAGCGAUAAAUGGUCGCAUAGCCGUACAUGGGCGUGUUUGUCACGAUGCACGCUGAAAAUGGUGAUGGAGGUGGCUCAGAGCGCAGGAAUGGAGAUUUAUAAUGAGGCCCAAGUCCAGGGCUGAUAGCCCCCCCCUCCCCCUUUUACACCUGCUGCUGCACACUGCCUGAAAGCUGGCUGAAAGAAGGCUCGUGCACUUUUACCUAUCUUACAACGACAAAGACAAAAUUUGGUCUUUUGGAAAUGUUUGUAUCCGUUAGUCAGCUGAUUGCUAGCCACUCCAGAUAGCCUAAAUAAUUAGAUAACGUUAAUUUUACAUCACUCUAUGAAAAGCAAAGAAUUGGUGUAAUUUAAUGCAAAAUAAGUACUUUUACUAAGUAUAGCUGGUGUUUCUUCUAUUGGGCAUAUAUCAACAAUAACAAUUAUUGAUGACAAUUUUAUAAAAUAUAAUAUUAAAUCAUAAUCAAUAGGUAAAAUUACUUUAAUAGCAGAAAAAAAAUGUUUGUUGCUCUUAUUGUUUUAAAUUAAAGCAACUAGAUCGUGUUAUGGUUUUGUGUAGAUACUGUAAAACUGGUAUUUUCCUUUUAGUUUCUCGUGCUGAGAGACUCCCCCAGUACAUGACCAAUAAACAGUUAAAGAAAAUACCAUUAAGUUACUCAUUAGGUUAUAUUCCUAAAGUUAAAAUGUGUUUUACAGCAUUGUUUGCUCUGCCUUUUGGUUAUGCAGUGUUCAGCAUUAGAGAUCCGUCUAUUUUCAUGCCAGUUAAUGAUCUGCUAAACUGCAAACUCACAGGUCAAACAGAAUAUGCUCCUGGUCGGUAUAUGACUCUCAUUGUGCGAUGGCCGAGAGUGAAAAUAGUGUUUUUAACACAAAAACGUCAAACGAAAAUGCACAACCAGACCUAAUUACUUCUAUUUAAAACAGAAAAGCAACAGCUAUACCUACUGCUAUGUAAAUAAUUCACUGUAAUGAUUAACAGUCACAAUAAGGUUAUCAAUACCAUAGACUUAAGCAAAAAUAGAAAAUUAACACUUGCUAAUUUAGGUGUAUAUAUAUAAAAAAAGAAAAAUAGUUGCUGUUUAAUUUAGUCAGGCUAUCUGCACAGGUAGCCAGCCUGCAGUUAGCUACACAACAGACAUGCCAUUUGUAGAUGCCAAAGGUUGUUUUAAAAGAAUACAACGAGCGAUUUAGUUUCCACACCAUGACUAUGCUUGGAAGAAGUCGCCUCCUGUCAGCCAGCUGACCGCCAGUGCACAGCAACAGUGCGGGGAGGCACUUUUUACACAGCUGCAGAAAAGUCUGGUCACCCCGGCACGUUCUCUGGAGUAUUAUUAUGAGUUUAAAUCCUAGGAAAUAUGCCAAAAAAAUAAAAUCAGGCACAUGCCAUUACUCCGGUUUCUUAAAUGUACCAGUAUGAACCUGUAACAGGUGCACACAGGUGUGGCUAUAGUGCGUUUUAAGCAAAGUGAACAGCAGAAAGUGCUGCUGGGAUGGAGGCAGGAGAUGAGUGGUAACCUGGCUGUUUUCGACCAGCGGGGCUCCAGCUAAGUGCAGAAUGAGAGAAAUGAAGUGUUCAUUAACCUUUUAAAUCACGCUAACCAAGUCAAGGAGACUCCAAAAGUAGAUGUACGAACCGCUAAAUGGUCAUAAUAAAGACUGUGUGUGAAAAUGAGCCAAUCAGAGAUGUCGUUGUACUGCCUUAAGCGUCAUAUAACAUACCAAUUUUAUUAAGUACGUCCUAACACAGUCAAGUCAAGGCUCGAUAGGUGCCUGUGACUAAACUGAAAACCCUCUCCUCGUGCUUGUUUUAUUAAAUCAAUCACCUUUUGGUCUUAUUAAAAGCAACGGUGCAAAUGAAAAAGAGCACUCUUAAUAUAGACGUCGCUCAAAUCUUAGAAUAGUAGCUAAACUGUUUUAAAAAAGGAAAAUUGCUUAUCUUGGUUGGUUGAAAAGCGUAACAAGAGGGGAAAAUUGAUUUCCUUUUUUUUUUCUACUGGAUGUGUAUAGAGUAAUGAGGAUUUGUAACUUGAAAUUUUUUUAAAUAUAUAUAUUUUUUGUGUACGCAGGUUCUAGCAAAACGCGUAGCCCAUAAUAACCUCGGAUCGACUGCUAUGAGCAUUACACAAACAAUUGUAUGUUCACUGUAUGAAAGAUUCCCGCAUUUAAAAAAUAAAAAUAAAAAUAGGAAUGACUAACCAUGUUGGAUAUGAAGCAUUAACUCGACUAUGAAUGGAGGUGGGGGGGUUGUUUUGUUUUUCAUCAAGAAUUGUUAAAACCAAACUAAAAGCACUUAGAAACAAACAAUUGCUGAUUUUAGUUGCUGUACGAACACCCCUGCAGCAGUAUUGUAAAGAUCUUAAAGAUUCUCACCCUUUUUUUUCAUUGCUUUUAUCCUUUUGAGUCACAUUGACUUAAAUCUUUUCCAAAGUGUCAUAACCCGAAGCUUUUAGCGGCCAGGUCUCUCUUACAAAUUCAAACUGUGGGUCCUCUUAAGCUCUGUCUGCUAAUUCAAGCCAUUAAAAGAUUAAUAAACGUGCUUUUCUUUCAUGCAUCAGAAUUUUAUUAACGCAAAGCGAUUUUUUUUUUUUUCUGUCGUGACCGAGACAGAUUUGCGCCUGCUGGCAUGGUACUUCAAAAUGUCCCGGGUUGGCAGGUUUGACGGGAAACCGAGGGAAACACGCGAUGGAGAGCUGAUCCGUACCGUGGACAGAGGUCACCUGCAGUGUCACCGUUCAGACCAUGUCAUCAGAUUAGUUUUUUGCUUUGGUUUGGGGGGGGGGGGGGGGAAUGUAGCCCACGUUUAAAUAGCACCCAGGUCAUGUGCGAGGCUGAAUUUACGACCCUUUUUUGUUCAGACUCACCCGUUUCUGUUCACAUGCAAGUCCGCGACCACAGUCGUUCAUCUAUCUGCAGGCUGUUUUUUGUUUUAGUUGGCGUCCUUGUUUCUGUUCAGUCAUUCAGGAUUUAACUUUUUAUUUUUAUUUUUUUAUCUGUAACAUGCAAGUACAAAUGCUACUACAGUCUUUAAAAGCUAAAUGUGAUGUGCAUUAUCUUGUUGCAGUUAUUUUUUUUUUCCUCCCCUGCAUUGACUAUUAAAGCUAACAGGCUCCCUUUUCUCUCUGCUCUCCGUGAACCUAUAGUACUAACUUCUAGACGUCUUGUGGACGCUUGGCUUCAGUGCUGUGUUUUUUUGUUUUGUUUUUGUUUUUUAUUGCACUCUACUGAAAUACAAAUUUCGAGCUGUCACAUUUGGUUUUCCUAGAAUGCUCGCUGUAAUCUCUGUCCGUACUCCGAUUUUUCUACUGUUUUUAUUUUUAAUUUUAGUUUGCUUACAUUCUGUUUUAAUCAUUAGUUUUAUGUUGGCAGCCUCAAACAUUUGCAGCACAUGCCAAUCUGAAAAUUUCAUUGCUUCAUAUUGUGAUCUGAAAUUUUAUACAUGUCAUAAUACUUGAUAUGUACCAAUUAAAUAUUUGGAUUCAA